AUGGUGUCCAACAUCCAAAAAUCUGGUCCUGGUAUUCAACCUCCGACUACAUAUGAAAUUGCCGGUCCAUAUUUAGAUGAACAAGUGGAGGAGAUCAAGACUUGGAUCCUAUCAUGCAAGAAACAAUGGAGCUUAUAUGGGGUUACGUUGAUGUGUGAUGGCUGGACAGGACCUACACGGAUGAGCAUCAUCAACUUUCUACUAUACUGCAAUAGAAAGGUGAUAUUUCAUAAAUCUAUUGAUGCAACUACAGACUAUCAUGAUUCACCCUACAUAUUUCGUUUGAUGGAUAGUGUAGUUCACGAGAUAGGUGCAGAACAUAUAGUACAGGUGAUUACAGAUAAUGGUGCCAACUUUAAAAGGGCUGGAGUGAUGUUGGAGCAAAGGUAUCAAACAUUAUUUUGGACACCAUGCGCAGCACACUGUAUCGAUUUGAUGAUGGCAGAUAUCGGUAAGCUCGAUAUAGUGAAGAAGGUAGUGAAAAAAGGUCAAUCUUUAACAAAAUUCAUCUUUAAUCAUCAUUGGGUUCAUGGAUUAAUGAGGAAAUUUAUUGAUGGGGAGAUUCUGCGACCAGGAGCGACUAGAUUUGCCACUCACUUUCUACUGUUAAAAUCGUUGAAUCAGAAAAAAGUCGGAUUAAAGGCCAUGUUCUCUUAUGAGGAUUGGGAAGCCUCUCGAUAUUCUAACACGACUGUAGGUAAGGAAGUACAAAAAAUUAUUAUGUCGGUCAGAUUUUGGGACUAUAUCGUAGAUAUUCUUAUAGCAAUAAAACCAUUGUACGUUGUUCUACGUAAAGUUGAUAUGGACAAGAAGCCACAAAUGGGCAACGUUUACCGCCUAAUUCAUGAAGCAAAAGAGGAAAUUAAGAGGCGUCUACAAUCACUGACCAAGUAUCAACAUUACAUUGAUAUAAUCACUACAAGAUGGGAUGAUCAAAUGGGAAAACCUAUUCAUUUGGCCGGCUAUUAUCUCAAUCUGACAUAUCAAUAUCGUUAUAAUCUUGGCACAAAUGAUGAUUUAUUAGUGGCCCUCAGACAUGUAAUAUUAAGACUGCAUACACACACAGAAUCAAUUGCAGAGACUAUUAAUGAAAGUCGAUUAUUUCGAGAGGCAUAUGGUUCUUUUAGCGAUCCUAUUGCAGUUUCAUGCAGAUAUAAAAUGGAUGCAGAAAUUGGUCAACUUUCCCUCAUUCAAAAGUACGAAAUCGCCUUUCUUAUCGUCGCUGAGAAGAUGGUCUACGCUCAUUAUAAUAUGCCUUCAACUAAGAGCAAUAACAAAAGAGAAGAAAAAGAUGAGUCCGGUGAUGUAGACCCAUUUGAUAUUGGUUUGUCCUGA